UGUUGUUUAACUUAAAAGGAAGAUUUUUUUUUUUUUUUUUUUUGUGUGGAAAAAAGUUAAACAUUGAAAACAUCGAAAAAGAAAUGCAAGAAGCUGCCACUGAUGUAUCUCUUGAUACCAAGAAUGUCUUCUCGUCAGCUCUCCGUUUCGCUAUGUCCAUUGAUACACUAAAGAAUUCUCCUGAGCUUGUUGAUGAGCUCAAAACCUCAGCUCAAGAACAAGUGGAGUUCAUGUUAUCCGAAGACGAAGAGGUACGGUUACUGAUUUCUGAAGAGGAAGUUAAAUCGGUUGUAAGAUUAGGUAUCUCGAAUGUUAUAUCGACGUUGUUGGAUAGGUUAUCGUCCUUGCUUAUCUUUCUUCCUGAAUGUCCUGAGUUUGGUUUGCUUAAGACACUCUAUGAUAUCGAGUGGCUAUGUAAAGUGUUGCCGAGGAUGGAGUUGAUGAAAGAUCUUGUCUUUAAGUGGGCUGAUGUAUCGAGUGAGAUUCUUAUGAUUGCUCAGAACUGUAAGUUAGAUUCUCAGAUAUUGGGUGUGAAAGUGAAGCUAGUUGAGGUUACAGGGAAGAUUUUAGAAGCGGUCGGUUAUGGGAUUGUGAUUGUUCCUUCUAAAAGCCGGACUUGUCUUCUAAAGAUAUGGCUGCCUUUCAUAAGGAGACUAAAGACUUUGGUUGAUGCAGAGGGAUCUGAGUCUGAAUACAGAAUGGACGAAGAUCUUUGUGAAUUCAUAGAAGGAUCUAUGGUGUCUUUGGUUUUGACACUGCCUUCGAAUGAUCAAGCAGAGGUUUUUGGGGAAUGGAUGAGAGGGAUUGGGUUGGAAGGUGUGAAGUUUCCGGAUUUGAGUGAAGCUUUUGAGGUUUGGUGUUAUAGAAGUAAGUCUGCAAAGAGAAGGUUGUUGGAAAAAUGUGAUAGACUUGCAAGUGAGACUCUGGAUCUUUGAAUUUAAUAUAUCAAUUUCGUUCCGAAAACAGGAAAUGCAGAACAUGUAACUGAUCAGUUCGAAGUUCCAAGGUUUUCUACUCCCUCAAGCUGUUUUGUGUAUUUCCAAAGGCGGAAUGAAGAUGGAUAGUAGUAGCUUUGUUCAAUUCACAAUGCCUUGAGACUGGAUCUCAAGCAUGGUGGCCCGAUAAUUUCAAGCCUAUACUGAGAGGAGGAAUCCAAGUGACCUGAAUCUUCAUGUAUCUCACAUUUGUAAUCUUGUUUCGCUUGCUGCUUUCAUUGUAAUUCUGGAUUGUAUUAGAAGUGACAGAAAGCUACUGAUUCUUGUAACUUUGAGCUUGAUUUAAGAUAUAAACUGUGUGGCCUGGUUAAGCUAAUAUGUAAACAACUUUGGAAGGUUGACAAAACCGUUGUUUAUAAAUAUAAGAUGAAUU